GGCUCGAUGGAAAUUUGGUUGAGAAGAGUGAGACGGGGAGAAAACGAAGACGAAGAAUAAGGAAGAAACGUCCAGGGAGAGUCUCUGCGGGUUGAUUCAAAGGGGAGAUCAUCAUGACCGAUGUUGUGCUGUGGGUGGAUGAUUGGAGGUCCGUUGAUUCGGUAUGCGUUUGCAGAAUUUGCCAUGAAGAAGAGCUCGAAAGCUGUAAAAAAUUGGAGGCUCCUUGUGCUUGUUCCGGAACUGCCAAGUUCGCGCAUAGAGAUUGCGUGCAGAGAUGGUGUAAUGAGAAAGGGAACACGACUUGUGAAAUAUGUUUACAGAGAUUCGAACCUGGCUAUGUAUCUGCACUGCCUAAGAAGACAGGGAGAAUUGAUGCAACAGUAACCAUAAGGGGAAGUUUGGAAGUGUUGAGGAAUGAUCAAGAAGGAAAUCCAAGAGAGGUUGUUGAAACAGAGCAUUCUGAGUGUGCAUCUGCAACUGAUAGAAGUGGUGCUUGCUGCAGAUCAGUGGCUCUCAUGCUUACAGCUCUGCUUCUUAUCAAACAGUUGUUUGAUGUUGUUGUUGGAGGUGCAGGGGAUUACCAUUUCUCACUCAUGACUGUGGUUAUAGCCAAGACCAGCGGUAUACUUCUGCCCAUGUACAUAGUUGUCCGCAUUGUAACAGCAAUUCAAGACAGCAUCAGGCAUGAUUAUGAGAGUUCUGAGGGUUCAGACUAUGAAGAUGGACGGCACUUGUAACAUACAUUGAACUAUGGACUACUAUACUAUAAUCUACAUGUGUCCCAUGCCUUGUAUACUCUCUUAAUGUCAAAUUGCUUCAUGCCCCCUAAUGGGAAAA